UCCGUGAUGUUUACAAGUGAGUUGUGAGUUGUGAUCAGCGGUGAUGGACGUGUGAGUUUUAUCUGGUCUGUCAGCCGCCUGUUGGAGCCUAACCUCGCCAGAUCAGCACGGAAUAACCCCGGAACUCUCUCACAGCACGGAACACUCGCUCAGCAUGCCGCGGUGCAGGUCGCGGCGUGACAUGACCCUGCUGCAGGCCAUCCUGGACACGGAGGGUUUCGGGGAGGGCGAACAUCCCGGGUCGGAUAGUACCCUCAAUACGACAUCCAGCGCAGACAGUAACCCACGCAGAGACCCACGUGCACACCAACGCAACCCUCGCCAAGCCAGCAACCCACGCACCCACCCAUUCAACCCACGCAGUGACCCACGUGUUGACCCACUGGACCAGGCGCUGCAGCAGAAGCAGCGUGAGCUGCAGCUGUUGCUAUGGCAGCAGCACGUGGAGAGGCAGGUGCUGAUGCAGAGGCAGAUGCUGCAGCAGGAGGUCGUCAUGCAGACAUCAGCGUACACACACAGGAGAGGUGGGUUUAAGGAACAAAACCGUGAGGUAAAAGGUCAUCUCCAUGGAGACAGGCAGGCUGCAGAUGGCCCCUCUGAUGCGAGUGACUCGGAGUCGGGCAGUGAGACAGCUCGGAGCUGCAGCAGCUACAGCGACAGUUUCUCCUCCUGCGAUGAUGAGAGCACCGGGAGUAGGAAGAGCAGCCAGAAAAGUGGGAGCGAGGAAGGAAUGACUAAACGGGUCACGUUUGCCGAGAAGGAAAGGAGGGAGGAGAAGAAGGACGGGAUGGAAGACAGACCAGAGAAAACGCCUGCAGGGCAGAAGGGGGUGAAGGAAACUGCAGGGAAGAGGAAAAAGCCAAGACAACAGUGUGUCGGCAGGAAGAGAACGUCGACACAUCCACCCUUCACUGUCACCUCUCUGUCCAGCAGGUACCUCAGCCUGGUGUCCUCGCUUCUCCAGUUACAGCUGAACCCUCAGUACCCCGGGAAGGAGAGGGCCCGGGCGCUCUCCUCCCCAGGUAAGAACAUCUCGGAGGAGAUGCUGAGGAAGCGAGCGAGGGAAGAAAAGAAGAAGAGAAGGACCGAGAAACGGCAGGAGGAGGAGGCUGCAUCACCGCGGGAGAAGCAGCCGUUCCAGCCGUCCGACCACGACCUCAAGAACUCGCCCAACCCGCAGGUGCAGGAGUGGCUGCAGCGUAAGCAGGCUGCGCGGCAGCAGCAGCGGCGGGAGGACCGAGCCAAGCGGAGGCUGAAGUUCCAGAUGAAGCUGGAGGAGCGGGACCUGCGGAUCGCCCGGAUGCUGGAGUCCGACGAGAAGGUGGACCAGUGGAUGCGGGAGAAGAGGAAGCUGCUCAGGAGGAAACCUCAGAAGCCCAGAAAAGCCGUGGUGCAGCCGUCAGUGGUGCAGCAGGCGGAGACGGAGGUGACCACGCCCCUCGGCAACAGUAACCAGGGGCAACCAGAUCUCCCCACCCUGGAGAAACAGGCCGCUCAGCUGGAGGAGAAACUGCUGAAGGACCUCGGCACAGAGACAGGGCAGGGCGACGCUAGCACCGGGUCAGCCAAUGGGAAGGGGCAGGGCAACACUGGUUUAACCAAUGGGAAGAGAGAUGCUAUUUCGACCAAUGGGAAGGGGGAUGCUAUUUCGACCAAUGGAAAGGUUGGAAACUCGACGACAUCCCCAGCAGAUGGGAAAGUCGCAGGCAUGGAUGAUUUUGCGCGUCGGACGGUCCCUGCUGGUCGAGCGAGGACGGAAAACGGCGCCCAGCCGGCAGGCAGGGUUCCCGUCAGGCCGACGACAGCCCCUCCCAGGAUCGGCAGCCCGACCAAGCGGCGCGGGAAGUCGCUUCAGCCAGCGUCAGCGCGGAGCCGUGGGUCUAAACCUUCCCCCGAGUCCCCGGGCACCACACCACGGAGCUCUGUAUCACCACGGAGCACCGUGUCAGCGUCAGGAUCGCCGCGGGACCCGAUGAGAAACCUGAGCUACGACGAGUGGCUGCUGCACAAGCGGCAGGAGGACAGGCAGAGGAGGCGGCAGGUCAAGAAGCAGGAGGCAGACCCAGAGCUGCAGAGCAUCAUCCCAGAGCUGGCCCGUCGGCGCGUGGACCGUGCCACCGCAGGGAAACAGAAGCUGGACACCGGCCUGAAGCAGAGGAAACAGGACAGCAGCAGGGAGAAACCAGCAGACGACCAGGAGAACAAACCCAGGUUUGUGUGGCGGCUGAGAGACGACCCCACACUCGAGCGACCCUCGACGACCCAGCCGGGUUCCAGAAGCCCCACGACGACCCGGGCAGGCUCCAGAAGCCCCAGCCCGGGUAAGAAAUCCCCCGUAAGACCCUCCAGUCCGGGUAAGAAGUCCCCUGCGAGACCCUCCAGCCCCCUGAAGGAGCCGGCGUUCUACCGGCGGCAGCGGUUCUCACGAGAAAAGAUGCAGCUUUAUUCUCAGAGGCCGGAGCCGCAGGGCAGCGACUGUCCGGACAUCACCACGCACGAUAACGACCAAUCACGGGGCAGCAUCCACACAGCCGACCAAUCACAGGACAGCCUCUACACAGCCGACCAAUCAAAGGCUAGCCUCCACACAGCCGACCAAUCACAGGGCAGCCUCCACACUGCUGACCAAUCAGAGAAGGGAACCACUGAAGCAGUUGUCGACCAAUCAGAGAAGGGAACCACUGAAGUAGAAGUUAUUGACCAACCAGAUGAGAAAAAGGUUGACCAAUCGGAGAGUGCAACUGUCAAGGCAGAUAGCCAAUCGCUGAGUAAGACUGGAUCCAACCAAUCAGCACCAGCCUGUAAGACAGCUGGCCAAUCAGUGAACAGGUUGUUUGCAGCGUUGGGCAUUUCGGAUGAGAUUGAGGAGAAUAUUGAGUCAGAAAGUGAGAGUGAGGAUGAGGAGAGACUUUCUCCCUCGCAGACCUUCAUCACUACUGUGGGAGACACUGGGGAGGGCCGUGGGUAGGCUGGGCGGUUUCAAAUCUAGUUCUGUGCCUGAAUGGGUUAGGGUUUCGAUCAGGCAAG